CCCAUCCUGUUCCCUUCCUAUACCUAUCCUUUCCUUUAUUCCCAUCAUAAAUCCUAUCCCUACCUCUUUUUAAUGAACAACAUGGCAGCGGAAUUAAAUUACUUUUUACCCCAGGAGGGUACCAACCUUCACAGUGUUGGAGAAUCCCUUCCUGAGCAUUCAUGCUCGGGCUGCCCUACGUACUCUGGGGAGGGCAAAAUCCCGCUCAAGAAUACCACCAAGCGCAAACGAGCACAUAAGUCUAUGCCACCUUCAUUGUCCGUAGAUUUCUGCAAUGUGAGAGGCCUGCAUUCUAACCUGAAUCCCGUCCAUCACCACCUAGAGACAGAAAAGCCGGCAUUGUUGUUUCUUACAGAGACACAAAUUUGUCCACCCUCCGACACAACAUAUCUCUGUUACCCAGGAUACAAACUGGAGCACACUUUCAUCCCACGAGCUGGUGUGUGUGUGUUUGUGAGGGAGGAUAUUUGCUAUCGUCGCCUUGUCGGUCUUGAGGGCACUGACCUAUCAAUUAUCUGGCUCCGUGCGGACUGUGGUGACCAUCCCCGCAUCUACGCGUGUUUGUAUCGGUCACAUAGUGGUGAUGCAGAAACCGACCGUCUCAUCGAGCACAUCCAAACAACGGCUGAUGCAGUACAUGAACAGAUCCCCUCAGCAGAAAUAAUUAUCUUAGGUGAUUUUAAUGCCCAUCAUACCCAAUGGUUGGGUUCACGUACCACUGAUCAUGCGGGGAGAUCUGUACACAACUUCGCGAUGUCUUACGGUCUUACGCAACUGGUCUCCUCAAUAACGAGACUACCCGACAUUGCUGACCACACACCCUCUAUACUAGACCUUCUGUUGACCUCCCAUCCGGCUAAUUAUCAGGUAAAAGUCGAAGCCCCUCUGGGGACUUCAGAUCACUGUUUAAUUCGGAGUACAGUGCCAAUCUUGCGUUCAUCACGGCCCCGUUCACUUGGGAGCCGCCGCGUUUGGCACUAUAGGUCAGCAGAUUGGGAUGGGAUGCGGGAAUUUUUUGCAUCCUACCCUUGGAAGCAAGUCUGCCUUGCACCUGAUCCUAGUGACUAUGCUGACUCAGUUGCGGAUGUGGUGCUGCAGGGAAUGGAACUUUUCAUUCCAAACUCUGUAGUACCCGUCGGCGGUAAGUCCCAGCCCUGGUAUGGUCGUCCUUGCAAAAUGGCUGCUCGCCUGAAGCAAGAGUGUUUCCAUGCAUGGGCAGAAGCAAUGUCUAAUAAGGAUCCAAAUGCUAGUGCUCUCAAAAAACGGUACAACUCUGCUGCCAGGGCAUACAAGAGGAAAAUAUCCACAGCAAAGUCGGAGUUUAUUGGCAGCAUAGGCGAGAAACUUUUACGCUACCCUUCUGGGAGCCGUGCUUUUUGGUCACUCGCCAAAGCUGUCCAAGGAAACUUCUGCAAGCCCUCGUUUCCACCUCUGCGCCGGGAAGAUGAUACUUUAGCUCCAUGCCGAAUGUGCAUUUCAGACAGAGUGCUGUGCGAAAAGCUCUCUUCUCUCUUGAUACACAUAAGUCGAGUGGGCCCGACGGUAUCCCCGCCAUUGUGCUGAAAAGAUGUGCUCC